AAAAAAGUUUGCACAACUUUUUCUCGUUUGGGAUGUGACGUCAGAGAGUCGCGCCGCUCCCACUGAGUCGUGAGUGAGUGUAGCUGACUGGCAGAGAAGGGGAAAGAAGGAAAUCCAGAAUUUGAGAGGAGACACUUCAGCGAAACAACACUCAUCUGUCAGGAACAUUAUUAAGCUGUUGAACCCUGAACUUGGAGGGAAGAAAUCCUAGCAAUGACAGGCUCUUACGAUGACACUGCUUCUAUUAUGUUCGAGGUUUCCAGUGACAGCUUUUGGGAGAUUGGAAACUAUAAGCGUACAGUAAGACGCAUUGACGAUGGGAACAGGCUGUGUAAUGACCUCAUGAACUGCAUCCAUGAACGAGCACGCAUAGAAAAGUCUUACGCCCAGCAGCUUACAGAGUGGGCUAAACGGUGGAAGCAAAAUACAGAAAAAGGACCGCAGUAUGGGACUUUAGAACGAGCCUGGACUGCCAUAAUGACUGAAGCAGAGAAAGUCAGUGAGCUACACCUGAAAGUGAAAGGGCUGCUAAUGAGUGAAGAUUUUGAGAAGGUCAAAAACUGGCAAAAAGAGGCCUUUCAUAAACAAAUGAUAGGAGGGUUUAAAGAAACAAAGGAAGCUGAAGAUGGAUUUCGAAAGGCUCAGAAACCAUGGGCAAAGAAACUCAAGGAGAUGGACUCUAUUAAGAAAGCCUACCAUGCUGCCUGCAAAGAUGAGAAGCUAGCAAUAUCCAGAGAAAAUGCCAGCAAACUUGAUGCAAACAUGAACCCAGAGACCAUGAAGAAACUACAAGACAGAGUAGAAAAGUCCAACCAGGAAGUUCAGAAGAUAAAGGAAAAAUAUAAAAAAUCACUUGAAGAACUGGAUAAGUGCACUCCUCAGUACAUUGAAAAUAUGGAGCAGGUGUUUGAGCAAUGUCAGCAGUUUGAGGAGAAAAGACUUGGCUUCUUCAGAGAGGUUCUGCUAGAGGUCAAGAAGCAUUUAGACCUGUCAACCAACCCCAGCUAUGUUGGUAUUUAUCAUGACCUGGAACAGACUAUUCAAAUGGCUGAUGCUGAAGAGGACCUGAAAUGGUGGCGAUCUAACAAUGGGCCAGGAAUGGCUAUGAACUGGCCACAGUUUGAGAGUAACGGUCAACCCUUGGCACUGCAGAAUAAAAGAUGGUCAAUUUUAGACUGGUCUGUAGAUCUGAACCGUUCACUCAGUAAAAGAGACAAGAAGAAGCACACAGAUGGUAUAACUCUGACUGGGAUGAACCAGACCUCCGAGCAGGCAGCCCAGGUUUCCAAGCAUAGCAGCAGUUACCUUAGUGUGCCGAAUAGCUCGGUACAAUCCAGUUGUAACCCAUUUGACGAUGAAGCCGAAGAAGAAGCAGUAGUGGAGGAAGAAAAGAACAGCAGUCCUGUCAGUGAAAAAAAGGAGGAAAUUAAAACCAAAAAUAUUAGCAGCUGUGAAAAAAACAAAGACUCGUCUGACGAGGAUUCUACCAACCCUUUCUCUACCGAUACUAACGGCAACAGCAACCCCUUCGAUGAGGAGCCGUCCCCAGGGAUAGAGGUGUCAGUGCGGGCGCUGUACGACUAUGAGGGACAGGAGCAGGAUGAGCUCAGUUUCAAAGCAGGUGAUAGUCUAACCAAAAUGGGAAGUGAGGAUGAACAAGGCUGGUGCAAAGGACGGCUGAGCAGUGGCCAAGUUGGCUUGUACCCAGCGGACUACGUGGAAGAAAUCCAGUAAUAAAAGGAUCAGUUGUAAUAAUAAUAUGCUGCAUUAGUUAGUUCCUGUAAAUCUUCCAGAGAUUCGGAUGAAAAAGUACAUACUUGAUGGUCAUUUUCAACAUGUGAUCUUUGAUAAUAUUUGAGAAGAGCUUGGACAGAAGUACUAAUCAAAGCUAGGUAUUGAAACAAUGCUGAUUUGAAAAUAUUGUUAAAUUGUAAUCCAUCAUCAUCAUCAUCAUCAUAAUAAAGAUGCGUUGUUCAUUAAUGAACCUAGCCUGCAGUCCAAAAGUUGCAGGUCUGUAUUGUGAAAACUGUCUGGAGUCUGAUAGUUGAAUUGAUUUAUAUAUUUUGUAGGCCUUGUACAUAUGAUUUAUAUAGGUAGCAUAUUACCUCUACCUUACACUUUUUUAAAAAUGUUUUUAAAUCUAGCAUGUUACAAAAGACAUGCCUUUUAGCAUUGUGGAUGGUAAUUUACUGCAUAAUUUUGGUUUCAAAAUGAUUAAGUAACCUUUUUAACUGUUACACCUGAACUAAGAAUUUCUUGGAGUUUUUUUUAUUGCUUUCAUUUUUUAGCAUUACAAUAUUAUGCCUAUUUUAUGCUGCACAUGAAUGGGUGUAUAUGUACAUUACAGAGGUUGGUUGUAAAUGUUUGCAGUGCAUGUUGACUUUGCAGCCUUAUGCUUGCUGUGAAGUAUGGAGAAUAAGGUGACUUUUUAUGACCGUGGUCAUCUGUUACUUUAAUUUGUGGUGGAAAUAUCAAGCACAUAGCAGUUUUUUAUUAAUAUUAACACUAGAAACCCCUUAUCGAUCUUGACUUUGUUAUGAUCACCUGGUUUGCAAAUAUUGCAACCCAAUUUUUAAAUUAUAUAGCAAACAAAUGACAGCAAAAAAUGUAUUUCUCUUUUGUAUAAAUCACUUAGGAAUUAAUGAACAAAUAAACUGGCAGAGGGAAGGUAUCCUUGUUGAAUUUUAGAUAUAAAUUGAAGAUUGUUCAUUUAUAAUAGACCUCUGUCUAUUCUGCAAGUGAUUUAUUGCAUUACUUUCUUGAUAUUUAAAAUAAUGUUGUGAUUUCAAAUCAAUUGUACAAUGUAUGAUUAUGGUAAUGUCAAAUAACCAUUUCUCCGUCCUGUAACACAACUGUAUGAUAAUCAAUAAUUCAGGCCACAAAUACAUAUUUCUUUGGCUGGGAAAAAAACAAUAUGGCCUUCUGUUUUAUUUGGGAGAAACAGCAAAUGUAAAUUAUGAAACUAACAAUAGAGUAGCUAUUUAAUUGUAUGUAUAUACAGUAUAUAAAAUCUGAAAAAUAAAUGUAUUGGAUGGUCUUUUGAAGAUGAUGUUUUAAAUAAUAAUGUUUUAAAAAAAAAAAUCCUUAUCCAAAAGUGUUAUGGAAAUGAUACUAGUAUUCACUGAUACUGCACACUUGCACUAUACUCUUCUAAAUUUGUUCUCAUGUCACUACCAAGCUAUGUACAGUACUCAAACUAGGUUAAGGAAGCACACCUCUGUGACCCAAGUAUUUUUUAAUGUAUUUUAUCAUUCUUGCAUGGUCGUUACAUCUGGGAUAAAAUCACAUAUACAGCUUUGUAAGUUUAAUAGCUACUUUACUGCAUUUGAACACUUGUAAUACUGUAUGUUUGACUGCUGUGUCAUCGGGGGAGUAUUCCUAUUAAAUAAGCUGAUUUCUAUACAA